UCUCCCUCCCUGGAAGCUAGAACUUACUCAUCUCUAUAAGCUGUGUUUUCUACCCUGUCCAGCCCUUUGUCCUCCCCAUCAUUUUCCCAGGAAGAUUUGUGCAGUUGGAGGGGGUCUCUCCAUGACUAUCAGGUGCUUGUUUCCCAGAUUCCCCUAAAGGGCUGGGAAUGGACAGCCUUUGGAAUUCUUAGGUUUUUUGGAGAGUGAGGCACUUUUUCUAAUGGCAGAAGAUAUUAUGGAAAUCCCAGGAAUUCAUUGCCACUCAUGUUCUUCUCUCCAGGAGUGGCGUUUCCGGAGCGCAUCAGGAGUGCAUGAAGAUAUAUUAAACAUCUCGCCUCGGCUUUCCUAUCACAACCCUGCUAUACACCUAGAGAGAAGAUUACAUGACCGAAAUUCUAUGAGCUUUCAAAAGAUGGCAUCAGUGUGUAGCCCGAGAACAUCCAUUUCUUCAACCGAAACUCCAGGUUCAAAGUCUGUUGCAGAAUUAGUUAAGGAGAUCUCCACUCUUGAGCUGGAAGUUAUACAUUUGGAACAGUACCUCCUCUCACUAUAUCGAACUGCUUUUGACCAAUAUCUAGCUAGCUCCUCUACUGUUGCAGGCCAUGUCUCUAGCCCUCCUGUAGAAUGUCAUGCAGGACAUCUGAGACUAGAUUGUACAAUUCAGACAUCACAUCAGGCAACUCAUUCCAUUAAUCUUGAUCUAGUAGCGGACAGACCAAGUCAUCCUCAAAUCGUUCAGCGAGUUGGCAAGAGUGCCUCCGAUUGCAGGCAUACUGAACAUUCACCUGCAUGUGAUUUGGCAUUUAGUUCAGGUCUCAAUGAUGAUAUACCAAAAUCUGUUUCUGGACAUAGAAGUCUUGCAGAUCAUCUUGGUGCCUCUAUCACGGACCAUGUGCCUGAAAUUUCUUGUAAACUUUCUGAAGAUAUUAUCAGAUGCAUUUCUGCUAUUUUCUGCAGACUUGCUCCAGCUCAACAUGUUGUGCAGAUGGCUUCGCUUACUCCAUCUGUGUCAUCUUGUAGCACAUUUUCUCCACAGGAUCCUAGUGAUAAUUGGAGUCCUCAGUGCCCCUAUGAAGCAAGUCCUUCUCAAUUUGAAUCACUUGAAGAUCAGAGCUUUCAAUAUGAUGGUAUGGUAGAAGUUCCACAGAUACAUAUCGAUGGUGACAAAUUUGGUUAUGCCUCAAAGAUGCUCAACAUUUUUAGAUCUCUUAUUCAAUGUCUCAAGAACAUUGACCCAAGAAAGAUGGAGCACGAUGAGCAACUCGCUUUCUGGAUCAACAUUCACAAUGCCUUGGUGAUGCAUGCAUUUUUAGCUUUUGGACUGCAUGAGAAUCACAUGAAGAGCACAUAUUCAGUCCUAAAAGCAGCCUAUAAUGUAGGUGGGCAUUCAGUAAAUGCUUAUGCUAUCCAGCGCUCAAUUAUUGGAUGCCAAUCCCAUCGUCCAGCAUUGUGGCUGCGCUCGCUCUUCACACCAGCAGUAAAGUUCAUGAAUGGGAAUGGCAAGCAUCCAUAUGCUCUUGAUCAUCCUGAGCCACUUGCGCAUUUUGCUCUUUCUUCAGGAGCAUGCUCUGAUCCUCCUGUUCGACUUUACACUGCUAGAGGUAUCUAUAAGGAGCUUGAGCUUGCAAAAGCUGAGUUCAUGCAAGCUAAUGUCUCGGUCCGAAAGGAACAGAAGAUUGUUCUGCCAAAGAUUUUAUACUAUUAUGCAAAAGAUGCAUAUAUGGAAUUGUCUGGUCUCAUGGAGAUGGUCUGUGAUUCAAUACCAGAUGCCCAGCGAAAAGCCAUCAAAGGAUGCCUUAAAAGAAGGCUUGAUAAGUGUGUUGAAUGGUCACCAUAUAAAUCAACUUUCAGAUACCUUGUGCAUAGAGAUUUAGCCAAAUAAUGGAAAAGCCAUCUUUUCUUACUUAUUGUGCGUGAUAUUAUAUCAUCUGAUCCUUCAAGAGUAAACGAUUCAUUUGUGUAUUUAUUGUGUAUUAACCAUCCUUUAUGUAAUUCAAGAAAUGCUUUAGUAAUUUUUUUUCAUAAAA